AUGUCGGAACACGCUCCGAUUGAUUAUCAACAACUCAGCAACAGCCUCCGAACCUUUUUUCAAGAACACCCACAGGUCGAUAAAGUUAUUGGAGCCGAAUCCUAUGCGCUUCUCCAACAGUGUCAACAUGGUCUUGCUCAAUAUGCAACGGAUUUACAGGAGGUAGAAGCGGAGGCUGAGAGGGCAAGAAGAAUGUUUGAACGAGAUCUUGCUGCUGCCCAAACCCAACAGACUGCUGUGGAGGUUGUCGCCCCUGAGGAAGCACCUGUCGGGGACAAUGUUCCACCUGCACCCCCAGUACCACUCACUACAGAUACUACCUAUCGGUCAGAAAAGCUUCGGGAUCCUGAGGUGUUCAGGGGGGAUCGUGAUCGAGAAAGAUUACACCUAUUCAAGCAACAAAUGAAAAUCAAGCUAUUGGGAAAUGCCGAUCGCUAUCCCACCCUACAGUCGAAAUUAUCCUAUGCGUUCAGCAGAUUGGAAGGCGUUGCUGCCAAUCAGUUCUUACAGUAUGUCGGGGAAGGAAGUAUUACCUUGCCCUCUAUGGUACGGUUUUAUGAGGUUUUGGACACUGCUUCUGGGGACCCCGAUCGGAUGCGCACGGCUAGGAGGAACCUCCGGAACAUCCGUCAAAGAAAUCGAACGUUCGCCGACUAUUUCGCUGAAUUUCAACGAUAUGCUGCUGAGUCGGGUAUGGAUGAAGCCUCUCGGAUCGAGGCUUUGAUGGAAGGUAUUAAUGCGGAACUUGAUGAAUCAAUGAUACACCAUGAUACUCCUGCGACGGUAGAUGCCUAUAACGUGGGUCUAUGGACGAUGGACUAUAGUGCCAAGGAAUACAACCGAGGCAAGAACGUAGUAGAAGAUGUUCGUAGCUAUGGACUAUGGGGUGGUUCAAUCCUGAUCCGAGAUCCAAGACGAGCCCUAUGA